CGAAUGAGGGGAAAAUUACUGCCUGACAGCAAAGGAUCCUUGGUAAAGGUUACUACUACUACUACUACUACACGCCCACACACCGCUGCCUAAGAAAAAGCCGUUCUGACCCAAAGCCAACCAACACUUUCUCCUCGCUGUGAAAGGAACGUUUUUUCAAAAUGUCUGAUACACCUUCAUCCAAUCCUUCUGUUGGUCUCGAAAACCUUGGCAACAAUUCCGCUGCUGCUGGACCAUCUCAACAAGAUGUAAAGCCAUCGGCUGAACAUAUUAAUCUCAAGGUCGUCGGUCAGGAUAACAAUGAGGUCUUCUUCAAAAUUAAAAAAACAACAGAGUUCGGUAAACUCAUGAAAAUAUAUUGUGCUCGUCAAGGAAAGUCGAUGUCCAGUCUGCGUUUCUUGGUUGACGGUGAACGCAUUCGCCCCGAUCAAACACCUGCCGAGCUGGAAAUGGAAGAUGGCGAUCAAAUUGAAGCAGUUCUCGAACAGCUUGGCGGCGCUGCCUGUGUUGAAUAGCGCACUAUGCUUUUAUAAAUUAAUGUAUGCUUCAAUACCGGAAACAUUAGAACA